GGUUGGGGCCUGGCAAGAGCGCUGUGCGGCGGCCGCCGCCAUGGGGGUCUCCGGCAGUACCCCCGCCCGCAGCCAGCACUUGGCGCACGUCAGCGACCCGCGCUCCCCCAGCGCCGGCAUCCUGCGCACCCCCAUCGAGGUGGUGAGCUCCCCUGUGUGCAGCCCUCAGCCCGGCCUCGCAGAGCUGGCGGCGAGCACCAGCCAGGACCGUGAUCCGCGUUCGCCUACACCCGGUAUCUUCCGCACGCCCAUGAGAGCCGUGUCCAGCGACAGCGUGGACCGCCUGGUGAAGCAGCUCAGCGAGGUCUUCGGAACCGGGGCCACGCCCCGGGAGCCGGCGCCGCCGGCAGCGGCUUAUCCCGCCGAGGAGCCGGCCCGGCGGAGCCCUCCGGAAGUGGCCGCCUCGUCGGGAGAAGCAGAGGAGAGGCCGCCCUCUCCCAGCGCAGUUCCGGCUCGGCCAGCCCGCACCGCCGGCCCCGGCUUCUUCUCUGGGAGCAAGCCUGUAAGAUACAAGACCAACAACAAAAUCCUAGCAACAUCUGGUGGAACUGGCCGCUCUCCUCUCAGCAUCCUACAAGAUGAUAAUUCCCCCAAUGCUCCUGCCCCUCGACAGGGUAAGAGGCACAUACUGGGAGAGAGCCUUGGGGAAAAGAAGGAAGUGAUGGUGGACCUGAGCAGGAGCCUUAAAUCUGGAAACUGUGCUUGGAGUGACUUGAACAAAGAAAACCAACAGUGCCCUUUUGUGGAGAACUAGGCAUUUCUUCUUCCAGGAUCUUGCUGUAAUUUGCUUCUAUGUUUUGAGAGUCUUCUGGGGUGAGAAAUUCUACAAUAGACUGAAACUUCAGACUUGUGGUCACUUUUCUCACCUAUCCCUGUUUGGGAAAGAGCACUCUUUCUUCCCUCCAAGCUUUGCACAUCUUGUGUACAGUACCACCUUCAGCUCUUCUGUUGUAUAUCAGCUGUAUUGACUUACUGCAGUGUUCUUAUCUGUAUUAAAUAAAUUUGUAUUAAAUCU